CAACCGUCAUGAUAUACAUUUCUAGGUUCCACUACGUGAAGUGACAACAAUACUAACCUUGUAAAGAUCUGUAAAAACAUAUCAAGCGUCGGGUCACCCUGACCCCAUCAGUGCCUUAUUUUCAGCCGAUGGAACUUGACAAGGUCGACCCACAAAGGGCAAAGGCUGAUGUGAUGUGUGCGUUUGGAAAUCAAAACCCACAUCCACCUUCCCUUGAGGUUUGAGGUGAUCUUUGACCCAGCUAAGGAUGGAUUUUGUGAGCACACUACUCGCUAAACUGGAUUCGCCUAAGCAUUCAUCGUCUUUAAAUCUCCUCCAUUUGGUGGUCCAAAAUUGGAUCAUCUUUCAGCGGAACACUUUCGACUACACGGAUGAGAACGGGAAUCCAUUCAUCAGUCAGGUGUUCUUGAUCGAGAUCUCAACGGGCAGAUACAUUCAUCGUUCACAGGGACAGCAAGUCGAUCAGGGCACAUCUUUAGACAUUGAUCAGUUAGAAUGUAAACUUACCGAAGUAUUUUGCGCCACCAAAGCGUGUCAGGGGUUUCCAAUUCACGAUCUUGCGAUCGUGAGUCGUGCCUCGAAAAUCGUCGAGUAUCCUUAUAGGCGAAGAGUGUCCAAAUCUUGUCAGUUUUAUUUGAAAAGCCCGCAUCUGAAAUUGGAACAAGGAGAAGGGAGAGAUGAAGAGCAAUUAUUGGCGUGUCCUUCCUGUUUGGAGGCAUGGCAAGAAAAUGUGGCCAAGAGGGCCAAGUUUGACCAGGGAACGGAUAUGGACUAUGAGCCUGUUCCCAAACAUGAUGUCAAAUUGGACGAUAAUGAGUAUGACGAUCAAGAGGCUAGUGAGGACUUGAUGGAUUACGAUCCUGACACCUUGGACAAGUUUGCCGAGGAGGAAGACGAAGAUGAGGAAGACGAUUGGCCGCUAAAACCCGAGCCUAGGAGGAAGAAGAAGAAGAAGAGUGUGACUGAGAGUCCCAAUCGAAAAGCAAGUGCGGCUAAAAUGAGAGCCGUAGAGGGUGGUGGCAAGAUCUAUAAUUGCAGCCACUGCUCUCAGACAUUUUCUUCGCGUGCCUUAAUCAUGAGACAUCAAAGAGAACUCAAGUGGAAAAGACGCAAUCAACGCAAAGUGGGGUGUUUAGAAUGUCAAGACCCCGAGAUCGUGACCUUCAAAAGGCUCGGGGAGCACAUGGCCAAGAUGCAUCCGGACAAGUUGAAAGUGUAUCAGAAGUAUAUCCCUACCGAGAAAGACAAUGCUGUGAUGAAGCAACCCCGGAAGUGCUCCAAAUGCGACUUGAUCAGCAACGGAAGCGUCAUGUACUUUCGCCACCGAGAGAUCUACCACGAUCUAGGGGAUUAUCGGUGCCAAGAUUGUCAAGAGCCCUGCAUGACUUACUACGAUCUCAUGAUCCAUAACUAUCAGAAGCACACCAAGGCCACGGAAUACAUCGAACCGAGUUCGUUUGGCUUGGAGACCAUCGUGCAUGACGAUGGGAAGAUCGGUUACAAGAAGACCCAACUCAUGUGCCAAAUCUGCUUAAAGUUAUACAAGAAAGAGUGCGGCCUUCUGGUGCAUAUGCGAACUAAACACGCUUGGGGCAUGUUUGAUUGCAAGUCGUGCGAAGAAUCUUGUCAUUACUCGAAAGACAUCUCGGCUCAUAUGGUGCAGUUCCAUCCGGACAAUCCCGAGAUCAAGUGUCCCAACUGUCUCGAGGUGUUCCAAUUGAAAGAGAACCCCGACAAUUUCAAUGCUCAUUAUCAGACCUGUUUUCCCAGUACCAAUCAGAAGGGCGCUUACCAAUGUCAGUAUUGCGGGAAAGAGUACACGGUCAAGCAUACCUUGGAUGCUCACAUCAAGAUGCACCAAGGUAUCAUCUUGUACAAAUGCAGUUACUGUGAUUACGGGUCUAAUCACAAGGCCGUCCUGUUGGAUCAUGAGAAGAUGCAUCUCUGGAGACAAGGUCUGACCAAUUCGAGUAGUGACCUCAUCCUCACCCAUCAAUGUGAUCAGUGCGGCAAACAGUUCGGAAGUAGGAGCCUCAUUAACAGACAUGUACGGGUGGUUCAUGAUGGGAUUAAGCCCACUUUUGCUUGUAAAGAAUGCGGCCAGUUCCUCAAAAAUUCGGCCGCACUGUAUAAGCAUCGACGCGAGAAGCACGGCUUUGUUCCCAAAUCCAAAGUUGUGGAGAGGAUUUGAGCUUUGCUUUUCUUGGUCGCUUGUUCCAUUCCAUUUUAGGAAUGCUCCAAUUUUGAAGACGACCGAUUUGUUUUGGACGAAGGUUCAAGAAAUAAUCAUUAUUCACUUUCUGUGCAGAAAAGCAUUGAAAUGACAAAUCAUUGAUUUCAAUCAUCUGCUAAGAGAGUUGCCAACAUGCAUUUUACGUUAGUUUAUAUUCAAGCAAAAUACGUUCAUUAUCGAUCACGUAUAUGUAAAUAAAUAUCCGAUGUUGCCCAUCGCUAAAAAUGA